UAACACAAGACCCGGGAAAACCGAUUGAGAAAACGAUAUGACCCUUUUCGUUUAGCGUAAAGCCUCGUUUUGGAAAUCUGGGAAAAUUUAAAAAUAUGGAUUUAGAACUGCAAUGGGUUCUAGAAUUUGCUUGUGCAAACAGAUAUCACUCAGUUAUAGCAGAGCAUAUAAAGAAGAAUCCAGGUUGUGAUGUAGAUAUAAGAAUGGCGUGCUGCUCUAUACACAGAAUCAUGACCAGGCUGGAGUUUGAUGAGUUACCAUUAGUUAUGAGUCUCAUAGAAGAAAUAUAUAAUCGUGUUGACAAAGUCGUGACAUGUACCCAUUUUGCAAAGAUCAUAAGUGGACUAAAAAUCAUGAUCUUAUUUCAUACUCUGCAACAAGAUGACCCAUAUAUGCUCGCUAGACUGAAUGAAUUUUUCCCCAGGGAUGGUUGGAGUCACCCUAAAGCAAAUCCUACAUUGAGUAAGAAACUCAAUAAAGAAUAUUUGAGAUUCCGUAAAUUCUUCCUUCCACUCAUAACAGACAAGAAGUCUCAUUCUGCUCACAUAAAGGAUGAGUUCGCUACCCAGACAUCCACUCAGACACUAGUGACUAAGUUUCUAGAAGCAGUGGAGCAUCUACUUCCUAAAACUGUGAUUGAAAAGAUCAAUGAGGAAGAUGAUGAAAUCCUAGAUAUUAUUACACAACACCAUGGCUCUGUAGACUUGGAGCACUUUAUGGAUAAACUGUUGUCUAUAGGAACCAGAGAUGAGGCUUCUGUGUUGGAGGUAUAUCGUUCAAUUCAGGCUCACAAAAUCAGGACAACAGCAAAAGUUCCUAAAGUGAUGAGUGUGAAACCCAUUCGAAGUGAUGUCAGGCUUGGAAGCAGUGAUGUCAGUCAUGCCCAGAGUGAUGUCAGCCUUGGACAACUAAAAGUAAAGCCCACUCGUAUAAAAGGGAAAUACAAUCAGUAUGAUAAUACAAUCAAAUCAAGAUCUGUUGGAAAUAUUUCAGGAUUAUCUGUUCGUAGCGAUUCAACUACAAGGACAUCUUCAAAUGUAAAUAACGUAGGGAUGAAUGAAAGAACUAAAGCAAUUGAUGAACAACAAUUUCAAGUAAAUCUGGAUGACGAUGAGCCAUUUGAAAUACGCUUAGAGGAUAUAUCAAUUGUGCCCUAUAUACAUACUCCAACUGCAUGCAAAAAUGUUCCCAAGGCAUCCUUUGUUGAGAAGCCAAUUGAAACAGACAUUUUUAGUGAUGUGGAUCUUGAAAUCAUAGAAAAUUCACCUGAUAACUCAGUGACGGUUGAAAGGUCAAAAUUCUAUGGAUCGAUGCAACAAAACUCUGAAACUGUCACUUUAAAAGCAACAGAGAAACUGAAACGAAAAUUCAAAUUUAAGAAAAUCUCAGUUAAAAAGAGACCAAGAUUAGAGCAAACAGAACAAAGUGUCAAUUUAAUUGUCAGUGGAAAGCCCAGUCCGAUUAAAAGUAGAAUUUUAAAACUGGGAGAUUCUGAACUUGAUCCUGAUUAUGCCACACAACCGAGCCAACAAUCUAGUCAUAGUGACAGUAAUAGUGACAGUUAUUUGAAAGAAAAUAGUCCCAACUCCAAAUCCAGUGAAAGUAGUCCACAUUGUUUAGAAAUUAUUCCACCUGUGAAUGAUAAAGACUUGUCAUCCACUGGCCAUGUAAUUGGCUGCAAAGAAAGUAAACCAUCAAGUGAUAUACCCAGUAAGAUAGAUAUUAGCAAAAGUCAAGACACAAAUCAUAACCAGAAACACACAACCCAAGCUGAGAUGCAACUUGGUCAUGGAGGAAUAAUGUCUCAAAAUAGGUCACCACGUGCUAAAAUAUAUCGUCAAAUUUCAAAGUUCAACUUGACUAAAUCUCCAGAAGAAGCCUGGUCUACAGAGCAGGAACAGGAUCUAAAAGUUAAUCAAUCUUCAAAACUUGGAAAGAGGAAAGACGGCAAUGAUAUGCCAACUGCUGAAAAUUUGAUGUGUACUACUACAGACUCCGGGCCUUCUAGUGGAUCUAGUGAAUCUACCUCAAUACUAAGACUGACCCAUGCAAGGAAAGAAUUGAACAAGGAGGAACAAAGCAACCAAUCCAUAACAAAUACUCAGUGUGAUCCAGCAGAGUUGUCUCAUAGAUCCCCACCUUUAUUUGACACUUCAAAUGAAUUUGAUCAAUCAGGAGACAGACUUCUAAAUGAAAGUAUCCUCCAAAAUCUUGAUGGUUCGAUUGCAUCCAAAAAUAACAAACUUCCCACUCAUGAUACACCCAAAUAUGGAUGCAACAAAUGUGGAAAGGAUGUCAUAAACAAAGUCGGAGAUCAAAACAUUGAUGACACUCAGAUAGCAGUAAUUUCAAGCAGUAGUGAAGAAAUUACCCUAUCCCAAGGACUGAUGCUCUUAGAUAGUCAGUCAGAGCAUAUACAUGAAGAACAGUUGAGUCAAAAUAUGGUAAAUCAAGAUAAAGAAAGGUAUUCACGCCCAAGGAGAGAAAAACUUUCCAAAACAAAAAGCCAAGACAGUCAAAAAAGUCAAUCAGAUUCCAAUUUAGAAAGACAGUCAAAUUCUGAAUGUCGGAAGACAAAUCCUGAAAGUCAGAAGUCAAGUUCAAAAAGUCAGAGGUCAAAUUCUGAAAGUCAGAAGUCAAAUGUUAGUACUUCAGAAAAUGAUGAGGAUUUCUGUACUUGUGUUUCUUCAACACAUGCUGAUGAUAGAGGUUUGGGAUCCGAUGAGGAGACAAUAUACCACUCUGUCUCUGGUCAAAGUGGCCAGACUGUAGUGUCCAACAGCUUCAAUUCUGAGCCUGGGAGUCAGCAGCCCACAGACAGGUUGGCAUAUCUCCAGCAAAUAUCAGAGGAAAUAAGUGAUAAGCUGAACAGAUCUAGCCAAUUUGUAGAAACAACAAAGAUGACAAGGCCUUCACAUUCACACAGACAUUGUAGUGUAGUCUUGACACGAGAUGUGACUUUAAAUAUUGAGGAUAGAGAUAAAAUAUUUCAUAUUUACCACUAGUGAAGGUUUACAUGACCAAAAUAAUUCUGAAAACGUUACUGUUAAAAUUUUACUGUUACUGCAUUAUUUUAGUGUGAAAAUACUGUUUAGCAACUGCAGAAUGGGGGGGGGGGGGGGGUAGUCUGCUGUUAGCAUGACAGACAAAUGUAUCCUGCUUUAAACAUUUAGAUUAAGAUUAAGCAGGAUCGAACAUGAUACAAAAUUACAGAGGCGUUAUAAAAAGACAUUAAGAGACAUUAGAUAUCAUUGUAUUAAUACAAAUGAUAUGUACUUAAAGUGGAAGUAAAUGAUUGAGAUUAUAGGUAAAAUUGUGAAAAGGAUCUGGCAGUAAAUG